AUGCAACUUGAGCAAAGCAUCGACUGCACGCUCCAGGAGUGGACAGAUCUUAAGCUAAAUAACCUUAGGAUCGACCGCAAGCAAAGGAUAACUGAAGACAUUUUCUCAUCUCUUAAGCUUGGAGAGGCUGAGUCAAUAACAGGCACUUGUCUUGCCAAGCAUAGCAUUACAGCCGAGCUCCGUUCUCGUAUGAUUGACUGGAUGAUUGAAGUGCUUGCUCAGUACCGUACUUCUGGGCAAACCUUUUUCCUUGCAGUAAAAAUUAUGGAUAAAUACUUCCAAAAAUGCACUGAAUCUUUACCAGCAACUAAGUUACAUCUAGUCGGUGUAACUUCAAUGUUCAUUGCAUCAAAAUUUGAAGAUAUUUACUCCUUAAGGCUUAAAAUCGUAUACGAGAAGAUCGCUCAUAAAAGACUCUCUGAAAAGUCAAUCAGAAAAAUGGAACAAAAAAUCCUGACUCCCCCCCUCUCUGUGAGUGAACAAAACCAUUGGAAAAAUUCCUAUUUUUUUACCAAAAAACCUACCCUCUGUGAGUGAACAAAAAUUUUUUUAAUAGAAAAAAAAACUUAUAAAAAAAAUUGAUAUAUAAGUGAUAAUUAGUAUAAUGAAAUCUCUAGCUAAAUCUGUUUAAUUUUAAACAAAUUGCGUUUUAAAACAUAAAUUUUAUAAAUUAAAUUAAUAUUUCUUUCCGAUUGUUGCAAAUUAGGAUUUUUUUAAAAUUUCGAAAAAAAAUUAACCCCCUCCGUGAACAAAAUUUUUUUGUUCACUCACGGAAGGAGGGAGAGGAGUGAGAACUCUCAAAUUUGACUUAGCGAUCCCCAAUUGUGCAGAUUUUUUAGGAUAUUUAUGUGAAAUAGUGAAUCCAUCAUUAGCAAUCAGAAGAACAGCAGAGUUAAUUUUGGUUCUUCUGCAGAUUUAUUAUAAUACUGGACUUUUGCCUUCCCAAGAAGCAACUGCAGCCUUAAUAAUUGCAGCGAAUUCUUUGAGACAAGAAAGGCUGGUGCCAAAAAUUUUAGACGCGUCAGAAUGCUCAGAAUUCGAUAUGGCUUUUGUAGUUGAUAGAAUUUUAAGAGGGAUUUAUGAUUUCCCUAGAAAUUUAGGGAGUUUUAAAUCCGCGAUGAAAUUUUUGGGGUUCAGUUUGAUACUAAGAACUCCAGGGCCUCUAUUCGUGUUUGAAGAUUUAGACGUCCAGGCUGACCAAGAGCAGCUGCUAACAAUAUUUAAUUAA